UUCACUAUAAUUUCCCCUCCGUUUUGGUCGCACUGUUAGGCGCGGGACAGUGGCAGUUCCGUUGAGGAGCUGUUUGGGAUUCCCUGCUGUCGCCAGGAUAGUAUACGAAGCAUCGAUUGUGACGUGCCCUGGGAAUGUUCUUCUCGAGGAAUAAACAGAGGGAACGUCGGCAGUGGAUUUCAUGAUACCGCUAGGUUGGGUCGCGCGCGUGUUUUUCAUCACCUGCUUAAUAGCCGAUUUGUGCGAAAUUACAGCGCGAGUGCUGUCAUCGGCUGCGGAGGCUCGAAGCGCGACGAGUUAACCUAAAAUGCAAUUAGUUGCGAGUGCCGACCCGAUUUUGCUCCAGCUCGUCCUUCACUUGCUUUGCUGGCAAUGUGCCAGCGUUUGCGCCGGAGGCGGUGCACUGGACGUAGGUUCCACUUAUCAACAGUCUGGAAGUACGCCCGGCACCUCUUCUUCCUCCAAGGCUGCCACUUUUUCGACCAGCAUAAGUGACGGCCUUGGCAAGGCUGUCGUUCACGAAGGUAGAGACCGGACUGAAUCUUGCAAUGAUGAUCUGGCAUGUAUUACCAUGGCUUCCAAUGAUAGAUUAGGCUUGGAGGCGAUCAAAUCCCUUCACAGCCAGUUGGAUGAUGAUGCUAAUGGAAAUAUAGAUCUGUCUGAGUCGGAUGAUUUUCUUCGAGAAGAAUUGCAAUAUGAAGCAGGCUAUGAACGAAGGCAAAGAGCGUUUCAUCAUAAUGAUGAUAUGCAUAUUAGCGUUAGAGAGCUUUGGGAAGCUUGGCUUCGCUCCGAGGUUCACAAUUGGACUAUAGAGCAAACAUCGGAAUGGUUAAGUACAAACGUAGAGCUUCCUCAAUAUGUUAAUACUUUUAUACAGCAUAGAGUUACUGGAGCUACGCUUCCAAGAUUAGCGGUUAACAAUAUGCAUUACGUUAGCAAUGUAUUAGGUAUUAAAGAUCCAAUACACAAACAAAAAAUUGCUUUGAAAGCAAUGGAUGUUGUUCUUUUUGGACCUCCAAAGGAUACCGGGCAUAGUAUAAAAGACCUUAUUUUAAUUACAUUAUUAUUUGGAGCACUGAUUGGGUGUUGGUAUGCUUAUCAACAGAAAAAAAGUUCUCAAAAAGAUCUUUAUAGAAUGAUGAAAGACAUGGAAAGUCUUCACAAAGCAGAACUAGAACUUAAAAGUUUGCAAAAGGAAUUUGAAAUUGUAAAAAUGGAGCAAGAAAGUGCAACAACGGAAAAGCAAAAUUUAGAGAAACGUUUAAGAGAUGAAAGUAUGGGCUUGCAUGCGUCAUCAUCUGAUCUUGAAGUUUCUCAAUUAAAGGCAGAAAUUGAAAUGUUAAAAUUAGAAUUACAAAGAGCAGAGGGAGAACUUGAAGAUCGUUGUUGGUCUCCUCCUGUUGGUCUCCAACAUUGGUUACAGUUAACUCAUGAAAUAGAAAACAAAGCGUACAUGAAAAAAAAAAUAAGUGCCGAAAAACAACUUCAAAGUGCACGAGAAGCUUGUGAAAAGUUAAGGAAAAAAAGAUCAAGCCUUGUUGGUGCCUUUGUUUCAACUCAUGGAAAAUCAAUCGAUGAAGUUGAUAAAAGUAUUGUAGAAGCUAGAACGGCAUUAAAUGAAGUAACAGCAGAGUUACAAGAGCGAGUACAUCGUUGGAAACAAAUCGAGCUACUUUGUGGUUUUAACAUUAUAAAUAAUAAUGGUCUAUCUUAUUUAGAAAAUAUGCUUUAUAGAGGAGCGCCAAAUGGUAGAAAUCUUGGAUUUAGAGGACGCCUUAGUAGCCAAGAUGAUUUGGAUGACGAUGUGAGCUCAUUAUAUACACCAUCUAUCUCAGGUGCUGCAGGUAUACCGGAAAACUUGCCCUGGAAGGAGUCAUCAAUACCCCUGGAUUCGUCCAGCAGUGAGACGGGAAAAGACACACCACCAGAGACAGUGCACUUUACGUUGGGUGAUGGGCCCGAUGACGUCGGUGGUAUCUCUUCAACAUUCGUAAUGUCUACUCCAACGACCGUGAUCUCGCCGGCCUCGGUUUCAGCGACUUUGACAAGCUCAAUGACGAUUAUGCCAAGGCAACUAUCAACCUUCGAUAGAAUUCCCGAGGACAAAAUGCUAAGUGGAAAUAUCAUCAGAUCUUACAGUCAGGAUGCUAAUUUAGCCCUCCACGAGGACAAGCAGGCCACUAUGGGUGGGAUCCCGACCACAACUACCUCAUCAUUCCUCACAAAAAUAUCUAAUUCGGAAAACUCGUUGGAGACUGUGCCGAGUAUGGAGAAGCUCGGCCGUUUUGGAAGCCUCAAAAAGUCUCUGCGAGAGCUUCCGACCGUUAUGUCCGUUGACGAAGAAACCCUAUCCACCGACUCAAACUCCACCGCCGACAAUGACGAGUUAAAGCGCAGGCGUCGAAAACUGCAGUUUCCCGCUUUUCGCAAAAAUAAGAACAAACCAUCGUGAUGCAGGGUGGUGUUGGAGCAUGAGGUUCGGUUACUUAAGCGUUUUCUUGUUGACACGAACUUGAGUACAUGA